AUGGUAGAUCAUGCGGGGUCGCUUAUGCAGCUUGCCCGUUCUAUCCGCAUCUCUGUGCUUUAUGUCACUGUAUUGACUGAUCAAAUGGGCUCCAUCGACUAUUCCGUGCCCCACGAAGCCAAGACCCUCCUACAGGAUGGCAUCUUCAAAAACCCCCAUCUAGCCAACCUCCCAGCCGAGCUGAACGACCUCGGCAAGAAGAUCCACUUCGAGGGAAACGACAAGCCUAGCAUCCCCAUUAACUGGCGCUUUGCAGAGAGAGCAUCUCCGCCCUCAAAGGUCUCGAAGCUACAUUCAUCAAUCUCCUGCUUACUCGGAAGUACAAGACCGAGCCGGUUGAUGUCACGAUCAACACGCAGCAUGAACCCCGACCCAACCCUAACCGCACUGGGCCUGCCCGUAGACGGCGAGCCCCACGACACAUACGACGCCAUCGUGGAGCGCAUCCAAGCGCGCGUCAAGCAGUACACCGCCGCCGACCUCGACGAGCUAAUGAACGAGCAGUACCGGCAGGCGGGCACCGUCGCCUGGAGCGUGGACGAGUACCUCGCCAGCGAGCACGGCCAGCAAAGCGGGAAGGCCGGACUGUACGAGCUGACCAGGGACGGGGCCUCGACACAGCCGCCCAGCUGGUGGCCCGAGAACGCGACGCUCCCGUCUUCGCCCAGGCGCCCUCUCGCCGGACUCAAGGUCGUCGACUUGACGCGCGUGAUUGCGGGCCCGACUAUCAGUCGCAGUCUGGCAGAGCUGGGCGCCAGCGUGAUGCGUGUGACCUCACCGUAUGUGACGGACUUGUCGGCAUUGCACCAGGACCUGAACUGGGGGAAGUGGAAUGCGUUUCUGCAUUUGAAGGAUGAGGGUGACAAGGAGAAGCUCCGCGCGCUGAUUCGGGAUGCGGAUGUUGUCGUUGAUGGAUACCGUCCUGGAGUUAUGGAGCGCCUUGGUUUCGGACGCGAGGCGGUAUUCGAUCUUGUCCGCGGAAGAGACCGCGGUAUCAUUCAUGUUCGCGAGAACUGCUAUGGCUGGCAUGGACCGUGGAGCCAUCGCAGCGGAUGGCAGCAGAUCAGUGACGCGUGCUGUGGCGUUUCGCUCGCAUACGGACAAGCGAUGGGGCUCAAUGAGGCCGUCACCCCCAUCUUUCCCAAUUCAGACUACUGUACCGGGGUGAUGGGUUGCUGUGGUGUUCUCGAUGCCCUGAUGCAGAGGGCCGAAAAGGGAGGAAGCUAUGCCGUGGAUACAUCGUUGAACUACUACUCUCAAUGGCUGGUCCGAACCUGCGGCACCUACAACGCCGACGUAUGGAACGAGGUCUGGCAGCGGCAUGGCUCGCCAGUAUUUCGCCACUACCAUACGAUGCAGCAUCUAAUUCCGGAGAUGCUGAAGCUGCUGCAUGCCCAUGACAAGGAUGCUCUCUUCAAUCCAGGCUUCUUUGAACGGAGGACGUCCAAGGCGGUUGGAGCGACGUUCAUCCUGGCGAAGCCCGUUGCGCAGUUUGCGAAUAACGCGGUGGAGCUGAAGUAUAACGUCGGGACUAGAGGAAACGGGGUGGAUCAGGCCAAGUGGCCAACUGAUUUGAGCGUUGAUAUUGUGGUUUAG